CCUCGGUCCCUAUUGGUUCCUCUGGUAGCUGGUCGUUGACCGCCAACUGUCAUCCAAUCAUUAUUUGCCACGUUUACGUUUCUACUGACAAAUCCUGCUACCGUGGGCACGGUAUCCUCUUCCCAUCGCUCCUCCGCUCUUCACGGGUCCCUCUCCCUCUGCUCUGUGCUCUGCAACUCACCAACCCGGCACUGGAUCCGACAACCCGUUUUAAGAGAUUAUUCCCAGUCCCUCCUAGUGCUCAGCGUCAGCGAAGGCGGACCUGAACGCAUUCCUCGGACUUCCGACGGCGGCCUGCUGAGAUGAGAGACGUACUGACAUGAAGAGGCGCGAGAAGAAUCAGAGCGGCGGUGAAGAAGUUACGAUGAAGCUUUCCGACGGGAACGGUCUGAUCAGCUCCAGAGAUCCGGAGAGGAAGAACGGGGUGAACACAAUGCGGGUGAUGGGUGCUUUCGUGGCUUGUCUGAUGGUCUCGUCGGUGUUCUUCUCUCUGUCGGUGGUGCUCAGAGACCUGCCUUCCGAUGGGGUUCCUUCGGAGGAGAGAGUUCUUGAAGUCGAUGUCAAGUCCCAAAAAGAAAUAGCUUCAGGUGAAGGCACAUCUCGGUCAGUGGAGGAGCCAAAGGAUAAGCUGCUCGGCGGCCUACUCACCGCUGGAUUUGAUGAACAGUCUUGCAUCAGCAGGUAUGGUUCAGUUUCGUAUCGAAAGGGAUCAGAGCACAGACCUUCGACGUACCUCGUCUCUCGGUUAAGAUCCUAUGAGGCUCUCCACAAGCAAUGUGGACCAAAUACCGAGUCCUACAACAGAGCGAUGGAUUACCUCCGAUUGGGGAAUGCGAGUGCACCUCCGCCCUCGGACUGUAAAUAUAUCGUGUGGGUUUCAUUCAGCGGGUUGGGGAAUCGGAUCCUAACCCUAGCCUCGACAUUUCUUUAUGCCCUCCUCACAAACCGGAUCCUACUUGUGGAUCCUGGAGCCAAUAUGACCGACCUAUUCUGUGAGCCGUUUCCUGAAGCUUCUUGGUUCCUUCCUCCUGAUUUUCCACUUAAAGAUCAGUUCAAUGGCUUUGGUCAAAGCUCCCCUCGCUGCUAUGGGAAGAUGCUAAAGGAGAACUCUCCCAAUCUCGCGAACAAGUUAAAGCCACCAUCUUAUCUGUAUCUUCAUCUAGUCCACGAUUACGAUGAUCAAGAUAAGCUCUUCUUCUGUGAAGAUGAUCAGUCAUUUCUCAAGGAAGUACCUUGGUUGGUCAUGAAGACAGAUAACUACUUCAUUCCGUCUCUCUUCCUAAUCCCAACAUUCGAGGAAGAGCUGAACAAUCUGUUCCCGAGAAAGGAGAUGGUUUUCCAUUUCUUGGGCCGAUAUCUUUUUCACCCGACGGAUACUGUGUGGGGACUUAUUGAGAGAUACUACCGGGCUUACCUAUCUGGUUUUGACAAAAAGAUCGGGAUCCAAAUCAGAGUCUUUGACACCGGAACUGGUCCAUUCCAGCACGUUCUGGACCAAAUCUUGGCUUGCGCGACAAGGGAGCAUCUCCUUCCCGGUGUUGACAAGGACAAAUCCAUCUCACCUAACUCAGAUACUCAGAAAUCCAAAGCUGUGUUAAUUACGUCUCUUUCUCCGGGUUAUUUGGAGCAGAUUCGUGACUUGUACUGGGAGAACCCUACUAUCACCGGUGAAGUUGUCAGUGUAUUCCAACCGAGCCACGAGGAAUAUCAGCAAACAGAAAAACAAAUGCAUAAUCAGAAAGCAUGGGCUGAGAUGUACUUGCUGAGCUUGACAGAUGUGCUGAUCACAAGCUCAUGGUCAACUUUCGGGUAUGUGGCUCAGGGUCUUGGGGGAUUGAGGCCGUGGAUAUUGUACAAGCCCGAGAACCGGACGGUCCCUGAUCCCCCGUGCCGGAGGGCCAUGUCCAUGGAGCCGUGCUUCCACGCUCCUCCAUUCUAUGACUGUAGAGCCAAGAGAGGGAUCGAUACGGGCGAAUUGGUUCCUCAUGUUAGGCACUGCGAGGACAUGAGCUGGGGACUCAAGCUCGUCGAUCCUUCCACUGAUUGAUGGCUGCUGUGUACUGUGUUGUGACUGCAAUGCCAGAACUUUUUCCCCCAGUUCUAGGUGUAACGAGUUGUCCCAAGCUGAAUCGCAGGCAGAGAUGGGUUUAUGUAUCUCUCAGCUUUCCAGAUUAUAUUGGAUGCGAGGAAAGGUACAAUUCUGGGUCAAUGCAAAAUUUUGGUAUUCACCAAGAAGUUUUUUGAAUCUGUAUUCGCAUGUGAAUAGGGCUUUCCAGAGUUAUAUCUUCGUCGAUAGUAAUGCAGUAAUCAUCUUGAUGGUUUUUACGUUAUU